CAUUGAUUGACUCACAACAGGUGCACACCCUCUACACGAUUCGCACACCCAGCAAAGCCUUCGCACCUGGGCUUCCAAGCCUCCUUAGAAGUGAUCUGUCUUCUCAAAAAGACUCCUCCCUCUCCCACCACAUCCCCUCCUCCUCAAUCGAAUUUGCCAAUCAUGGCGGGCAGAGAACUGUCGCCAGAAGAGAAACUCUCUCUGGUGACCGACCAGUUGGCGGAGGUACUACAUCGAGAUAUUCUGGAAGAUAUCAUCAUCAAACAGCAAAGACCGCUUGUCCUCUACUGGGGAUCAGCCACCACAGGCAGACCUCAUUGUGGUUACUUUGUCCCCAUGAUGAAGAUUGCGCACUUUCUGAGAGCAGGAUGUCACGUCAAGAUUCUUCUGGCCGAUAUACAUGGUUUCCUCGACAACCUCAAAGCACCUAUCGAGCUGGUCAAGUACCGCGCCGAGUACUACAAGUUCGUCAUAUCCUCCCUUCUCAAGGCCGUCGGAGUGAGUCUAGAAAAGCUAGAGUUUGUCCUUGGCUCAUCCUACCAAUUGGGCUCUGAUUACACCAUGGACAUAUUUCGACUGAGUAGUGUGGUCAGUGAGCAUGAUGCGAAGAGAGCGGGCGCUGAAGUCGUCAAACAGAGUGCGAAUGCACCACUGUCAGGACUGAUCUACCCUCUCAUGCAGGCACUCGACGAAGAACAUCUGAAAGUCGAUGCUCAGUUUGGUGGAGUCGACCAGCGCAAGAUCUUUGCUCUCGCUCAGGAAACAUUACCGCGGAUAGGGUACAAAGAACGGGCCCAUCUCAUGAAUCCCAUGGUGCCUGGUUUGACCGGAGGCAAGAUGUCAGCAUCUGACCCUGACUCCAAGAUUGAUGUUCUUGACGGCCCAGAACUCGUCAAGAAGAAGUUAAAGAAGGCUUUUGCGGCAGCUGGUGAAGUAGAAGGCAACGGUAUCAUCUCCUUCGUCGAAUAUGUAUUGCUCCCAUUCAGUGCCUUGCAAGACCCACAUCACAAAGGUCGAUUUGUAUGUGAACGAAGAGAGGGAGAGGGGGAGCCACUUGUUUAUCACGACAUGGAGACAUUGAGGGCGGACUACAAAGCCGAUAAACUAACUCCUCAGUUACUCAAGGCUGGUGUAACUGCGGCCUUGAACGAGCUCCUGGCUCCGAUUCAAGCUGAUUAUGAAGCGUCUGCAGAGUGGCAGGAAAUUGAGAAGAAAGCUUAUCCUCCGCCGGAACCUGUAAAGAAGAAGAAGCAACCCAAGAACAAAGGAACACGCUAUCCCGGGGCAGGAAAUGUCCAGGCCAACCCAGAUGGCACGGUUGCUGGAGAAGGCAAGGAACAAGUUGAAGUCGGCAAGACCGCAGAAGAUGCAAUGUCGAAAUUAGAGAUCGAUGGCCAGACUGCAUGAAGAUACUGACAUCUGACACGAAGAAAUUGGACAUAACACCUGCAGACCAGACCAUUCGCCUGAGACAGUCACAUGUGAUGAGAAACGUGCAGACAGUGCAGAUGAAGAGGAUGAUACCAAUGUAUGUGAAGGAGAUCAAACACUUCGAGAUGGCUGAACGACCUAUCACCUGAACAUUGACGAAGUGUGCAUAGCCAUGAAGAGCCUGUGUGGAACAUUGAAGUGAUGAUAUCCAAUCUCAACGACGGGACCCCUAUCGGGCAAGCAUAUGAUUUUUCGAAAUCUCAGAGCAACUUAGACAGAGAAUAGAAUUGCUAUGGCUCCCUCUACUCGUUGGCUGCAUGCUCAUCGUAGAUGGAGC